AUGUCAUCACUGCGGCAUCAAAGGACAGGCCAGAAUUUUUCAACAGGCUCCUACCCUUCCCGAUUCCCGCAAAAUUACCAAAAACCGGCCACCAAUUUCCUCACACGCACGAACUUAAUCCUUCUCCUCACUCUCUUGAUAAUCCUUGGCGUUCUUAUUCCAUGGAUUCAAGUCCCUGAAGGGUUCUUGAUGUUCAAUUCGAAUCCCAACUCUAAGUGGCGGGACUACACAUUGUCGGAUGCAGCAGCCCGGGUGGCGCAGAAUAAUACUUUGAUUGUGUGUGCAGUGAGCGAAGCUUAUUUGCCUUUUCUAAAUAACUUGUUGAUUAGCAUUGCGAGGCAGAAGCAGCAUGAGAAGGUUUUGGUGAUUGCAGAGGACUAUGCCACGCUUUACAAGGUUAAUGAGCGGUGGCCGGGGCACGCCGUUCUGGUACCGCCGGCGUUGGAGGCUGCCGCGGCACACAAGUUUGGGUCUCAGGGCUUCUUCAACUUUACAGCCAGAAGGCCCCGCCACCUCCUGAAUAUUUUGGAGCUGGGCUAUAAUGUUAUGUACAAUGAUGUCGAUAUGGUUUGGCUUGCAGAUCCGUUUCCUUAUUUGCAAGGCGAGCAUGAUGUGUACUUCAUGGACGACAUGGCUUUUGUGAAACCUCUGAAUCACUCUCAUUCUUUGCCACCUCCAGGAAAAAAGGGUCGGCCUUAUAUUUGUAGCUGCAUGAUUUUUAUGCGCCCCACCAAUGGAGCAAAAUUAGUUAUGAAGAAAUGGAUUGAAGAACUUCAGGCCGAGCCUUGGUCUAGAGCAAAGAAAGCCAAUGACCAGCCUGGAUUUAAUUGGGCAUUAAUGAAAACUGCUGGACAGGUGGACUUGUAUCUGCUCCCUCAGGCAGCAUUUCCCACUGGUGGUUUAUACUUCAGGAACAAGACAUGGGUAAAAGAAACCAAGGGAAUGCAUGUUAUUAUACACAAUAACUACAUUGUUGGUUUUGAGAAGAAGAUAAAGAGAUUUCGUGAUUAUGGUCUCUGGUUGGUGGAUGAUCAUGGCUCUGAAUCCCCACUUGGUACAUUGUAA